GUAAUUUUAACAAAACUUGCCACUAAAAAGGGUUUCAACUCGUAUAUCACACUAUUUCACCUAGAGCAUAUGAUCAUGGUCAUUGCCACUGUUUAAUCCUUUUUCUCAUAAGGUUGCAAGAAUAAAAAUAAAAAGUAUAAGGUGUGUAAUUUGUGGCUGCAGGUUUUUAUUUCAAAAUAAACUUUUACUACUAUGACUAUUUAGUAUGGAAAAUUUUGUGAAAGUGAGCCCUGUUUGUGUGAAGAAACGUUUAUAAAGUUUAGUCUUAAAUUGCAAACAAUGUCAAUAUGAAUUCUGCUGGAACUUAUUUGAGUUUAUUAUUGACUAAAGAAAGUUAUGGAUUCAAAUAAAUGCUUUUGUUUAGAAGACCUUUUAUUGGAGGAAUUUUUAAGUAGUAUUUAUUUUAAGGUAAAAAGCAAGAUACCACUACAAAUGUCAGCUCAUCAAAAACCUGUCAUUUCUUUGCCGUGUUUUUUAUGAUAUAUAGAAUAUCAUUUGUUUACAUACAUUUUUCAUAAAUAUUUCAGUUAUGGCCUAAUUUGUUCAGCAGAGAAGUCAUUAUAACGUUACAAAUAAGCUGCAUGAUCAGAAAUUUAUCCUGGAUGUACUGUUCAAUUCUUAAUGAAAAUAAUGUCAAAAUACCAACUUUACUUAUGCUAAGAGCAUUGUAAGGAAUUUGUGCUAAUGUGGUGAAACAAUAAAAGAGGUAACCAAAAGUGUCUGUUUGAAAAAAAAAUAUUAACAGUGUUUUUGUGAACACAUUUAAUUAAUGCAGUUGGUAUUGUAUGUCAAAAGAUUUUUGGAGCAUAUGGUUUUUAGGUUUUUUUAAAACCAACUCUUUAUCCAAGUCAAAAGUCGUAAUGAGGAAGUCGUAAAUUUGGAGUAGUAUCCAGCCCCCCAAAUUUGGCAAUUUGGUUGCAAUUACAAUUUUUGAUGAAUUCGUCAUUAGAACGUGUUCUUGCAGUGAGCACAAGUAAUGGCUAUGGUAUGUGUAUACAGCUUGAUAGUAAUAACAUUGCUUGCAAGUGUUCAGGGAGAACUGUCAUGUCGACCACCAUGUUUAUACUUUGUUGCAGACAGUUCAAUAUCACGUUUUAAAAUAAAUACUAACACUGGUAAUAAGCAAGGUGCCAUAGAAAAGGUAUUGGAUAUUGGUGCUGAUAUUUGGAGGUUUGCGAUUGACCCUGUCAACAAGAAACUGUAUACAGUUUCUGUAUCUGGUACUAUUUACAAAUCUAACUUAAAUGGAACAGAUAACAAAAAGCUACCAUUUAUUGGUUCAAUUCACAAGCUGGCAUUUGAUUGGACAUCAAAUAAUAUUUAUUUUCUUGAUUCAAAUGAAAAGACAGUUCAAGUUUACAAUGUUAAAAACCAGUUUAAGAAAGUAUUGUUUCAGCUGGAUGCAGAUGUAUUGUCAAUUUGCGUCAACCCUAUUGCUGGGUUGCUUUUUUGGUCAUCUUCCAGGGAAAAUACGGCACAAAUUGAACGAGCCAGCCUCGCUGGUCAGAACCGUUCGACAAUUGUGAAAAUUGGGCUGGGUCAUCCAGAAGACUUAAGUAUUGACUAUGAAAAUAAACGAUUAUUGUGGAUUGACACAGUCAAGAAUGAGAUUCGAUCAUCAAAUUUCGAUGGAUCUAACAAAAGAUUUGUUUAUAGAAUAAAACAUACAGUUAGUUUUGGCUUUAGUUUAGCAUAUUAUGCAAAGAAAAAAAUAGCAUAUGUUUCUGAUUGGUAUUCACUUUAUAACGUCAAAAAUACACCUCGCACUUCAGGACGAAAAAUGGUUUUCACAAAGGACCGUUCAACAAGGAUAGAGGAAAUUCGAAUGAUAACUAAUUACAACUACAGUGGUGCUUCAACUCCAUGCUUAUCUUCUAAAAAUAAUUGUUCACACUUAUGCUUAACGAAACCAAACAAUGAAUUUGAGUGUGCAUGUCCAACUGGAAUGAAAAUAUCCUCCAAUCAAUCUGAGACGUGUGUGGAAGCUGAAAGAGACUUUGAAAUAUACUUUGCUAACAAAGGCAAUAGAACAAUUGAUCACUUGAUAAAAUAUAUUGGACAUCAUGGAACUAAGGUGUCAGCUUUAACAACACCAUCCAUUGCAACUCUGCAAUCACCAAGUGCUCUUGAUUUUGAUCCAUAUGAGAGGUUCAUAUAUUGGAGCGACAAAAAGACUAAAAAUGUUUAUCGUAUGAAAGAAAAUGGUUUAAAUUUUUCUACAAUUUUGUUAUCACAAAAUACAGCAGGUAUUGCUGUGGACAAAGUUCGGAAAAUUCUUUACUGGUUUGGAGAACAUACGUUAAUGAUGUCAACAUUGGAUGGACGGCAUAAAAAGUCAUUUUUAGAUGCUAAAGUUAUUAAACCUGGAGAUUUAGAGCUCUAUGAAGAAAUGGGAUGGAUCUACUACUCUGAACUCAAUUCCGAUCUAAUUUAUCGUAUUAAAAACGAUGGAACAGAAAGCAUACAUUCUGUCUUUAAAGUGUAUGCUACUGGGAUUGCCAUUGAUAAAAUCGACAAGCGUAUUUAUUGGUGUGAUAAAUCAGAACAAGGCAUCAAGUUUUCAGACUUAGAGCUAACAACAGUGCAUGUAUUAAGGAAAUCUAGAUAUUUUUUAAGUAACCCAUAUAGCAUAUCAAUGUUUGGUGAAAAGGUAAUAUGGUCUGACAUAAAAGCAAAUGGUAUAUUUGCUAUUAAUAAACGAACUGGAAAAGAUUUAGAACAUAUUGCAGAAGGAUUAAACCAACCACAAGAUCUACAUGUCUAUACAAGCAAACCAGCAAUAGAAUAUCGAAGGAUCUACCUAUUCAAAAGUUUAAAUAGAGGCAAAAGGCCAAAAUGUUUUGGUUCGAAAUCUAAAUGUAAUUCAUUUGUUUCGAAAAACAAGAACAAAAUUUCAAAGCCAGCAGCUUGUCCAAUUGGAUAUAACCAAAGCAACUUUACUCAAUCAUGUUCAUAUUGCAAAUAUAGUCAUGGUGAGCCGGAAAGAUGCCCUUGCACAAACUGGAUGACUUGUGCACAACGCUUUUAUGGCUACAGACAUGGCUGUACACAACAUCCUUUUACUUUCUUUACAGUUCGAGAAUGUUCUCAAGCUGUAAAGCCAGGAUAUUGCAAGUUUAUUUCUGGUAAUAUUUGUCCUGUCAACAGUACAGAUUGUUCAUCAGACAGUGACUGUCCUGAGAAUGAUAAAUGCUGCAAAACGAAUUGUGGAAGGAAAUGUUAUGGUGCAACAGAGAAGCCAAAUAUACCCUGCACAGUAAGAAACGGUGGUUGCAGUCAUUUUUGUGUUGGAGAUUUUUUAAAGUAUAAAUGUAUGUGUCCAGAUGGUACUAUAUUGGAUCAAACAAACAAAACGUGCAUCAAAAAACAAAAUAAAAUAUGCCUAUUACCGAUGAACAGAGGAUCUUGUUCUUGGUGGACGUGGUGGCGCAAUACAUUUUGGCACUAUGACAGAGAAGAGAAGAAAUGUAUGGAAAAGUAUGGGUGUGAACAGGGAAGAAAUGCCAAUUUUUUUCCAGACAAAAAAUCAUGCAAAGAUGAAUGCGAAGUUAAUAUUCCUCCGACAAUGACUCCAACAACAACAGUCUCUAAACAAACUAAUGAACGCAAAGCAUAUUUAUACUAUACGGAUGGUGUAUCUAUAUACAGAAUUCCUUCAUCAGGUGGAAAUUUCAUCUAUGAAAAAAGGGAAAAACUUAUAACGCCUGGAAGCUAUAUAGCUUCGUUUGAUAUCGACACUGUUAACAAGGAAUUGUAUAUUGGCGGUAUUUCCAACAGCGGGAUUAACAAGACAUCGCUAGAAGGAAAGAACAGCACAGUGUUACUUAGCAUUGCAGUUGGUUAUCCAAUUCAACUAGCAUUUGAUUCGUCAUCGAACAACUUGUAUUGGAUUAACAAUUUGAAAAACACAAUUGAAGUCUUCAAUGUAAAGAAUAGUUAUCGAAAAGUUUUAUUUAAGUUCGAUAAAGAUGAAAUGCCACAGUCUCUCAGUGUUUCUCCACAAGAAGGUUAUAUUUUCUGGUCUAAUAUUGGGAAAGCUUCAAAAAUUGAACGUUCGACGCUUUCUGGCAAGAGCAGAAAAACCAUCGCUAAAACUAGUUUAGGGAAACCAACCGGCAUCACCAUUGAUGACGAAGAUGGACGUUUGUUAUGGAUUGAUUCUACUACAUAUCGUGUAGAAUCUGUGGACUUUAAUGGAACCAAUCAACGUUCAAUGUUUGAAAUAAAGAAACGACAGAGUUACGAGACAGUACACAGCUUAGCUUAUAACCCCACAACAAAGAUGGCUUUUGUUACUGAUUAUGACGUAUUGUUUAGUAUUCAAAAUACUAGCUCUAAAACAUUGGAGAAGUCAAUUGUUUUUGGACGUUUUGGCACACCUUUUAACGUGAAAAUAUUGCUUAAUUCCACUUCAAAUGCUUCAACUCCAUGCUUAUCUUCUAAAAACAAUUGUUCACACUUAUGCUUAACGAAACCAAACAAUGAAUUUGAGUGUGCAUGUCCAACUGGAAUGAAAAUAUCCUCCAAUCAAUCUGAGACGUGUGUGAAAGCUGAAAAAGACUUUGAAAUAUACUUUGCUGACAAGGAAGAGAGAACUAUUAGUCAUCUAAUAAAGUAUGUUGACCAAAAUGGAAUUACGUUAUCACCUUUACCAAUACCAUCCAAUGCGACUCUGCAAUCACCAAGUGCUCUUGAUUAUGAUCCCUAUCAGAAAUUCAUAUAUUGGACUGAUAUUGAAAAUAAAAAGACAUAUCGCAUGAAAAACAAUGGAGAAAGCUUUUCUGUUGUGUUGCCGUCAUCAGGAUCCGUUGGUAUUGCCGUUGACAAACUUACCAAGAUCAUGUAUUGGUUUGAUGAAGAUUCUCGACAAACUUUGAUGAUGUCAACAACAGAUGGAAAACAUUCAAAAAGUUUGUAUUACGAUUACUUGACAAACCCACGUGACAUUACACUAUACGAGGAGAAGGGAUUAAUUUACUUUUCCAACAAUAACUAUAUGAUUCGUCUAAAUACUGAUGGUAGUGGAUAUCUGCAGUCCAGCGUCACUACAGUGACAACAGGAAUGGCAGUAGACAAACUGGAAGAUAAACUGUACUGGUGUGAUAAAUUUGAUUUCACUAUUAAUUUUGCUGAAUUGGAUUUUACAAAUCAUCGCGUUAUUAUCCAGUCAGUUGAUCAUGCAGAAAGUGUAAUUGGACAUGUGGAACAUCCAUUUGGUAUAGCUAUCAUGGGCGAAGAAGUGUUUUGGUCAGAUGUCAAGAAAAAUGCCAUUUUUUCAUCCGAUAAAAGAACUGGUAUCAAUACGAGAUAUAUAGCUGGUGGUUUACAUCAUCCGCAAGAUUUGCAUGUUUAUAGUGAUAAAGUCAGAAUUGAUUCCGUCGAUCAUCGUCGCAUCUACCUAUUCUCGUACGUGAAGGAAAACCCUAACUCAGUAGUAUCGUAUACCCCAAAAUGUUUCUCCACAAACACCUCUUGUUAUGAAUACAUGGCAUAUCAUAAUAUCAGCGAUCCUCCACCUUGUCCGUCUGGUUAUGCUGACAAUGAUCAAGUUUUUUCCACGUGUGCGAUGUGUACAUUUAACCAAAAUGGAGUCAGACAUUGUCCUUGUGACAACUGGAUGACAUGUGCUCAAAGAAAUUACGGAGAGGAUCAAAAUUGUGACACGAUACAUCCCUUCAUGUAUUUUAAAGUUCGAGAAUGCACUCAAGUUGUUCGACCAGGCUACUGCAUGAGAAACGCCUCAAGUGCAUGUCCUACACGAAAUUGUACUGCAGACAGUGAUUGCGCUUUCCAUCAUAAAUGUUGUCAAACCAAGUGCGGAAUGAAGUGCACCAAACUGUCCACCAAACCAGACACACCUUGCACUGUGAAUAACGGUGGAUGCAGUCAUUUUUGUGUUGGUGAUCUUUUACAUCAUAAAUGCAUGUGUCCAGAUGGUAUGACAUUGGGACAAGAUAACCGAACAUGCAUUGUUGGGCAGAACAGUGUGUGUCGGACUAAAAGACCACAACAUUGGUGCUCAAGUGCGAAGAAAAGGUGGUAUUUUGAUAAUUCGGGUAGUAAGCGUUGCGAAUUUAUGCGUUUUACUUGUGAAGAGAGUACGAGUAAAAAUAACUUUAACACGAAGACUCAAUGUAAAAGAAUAUGCGAAGUUAAUCCCGCAUCAACAACCAGCUCGCCUAAUACUACGCCUAGAGGACAAAACACAACUAUGUCGACGACAGUUUUUACCACAACCGACGCGCCUAUUACUACACCUUGGGGGCCAAUCGCGACUACAUCGACGACAGUUUUUACCACAACCGACGUCAAUGCCAUAUCGACGACAAACAGUACAGCACAAACAACAAAACCAGGUUGUGGUUGUCUCAAUGGCGGUACAUGUGACUAUUCUUUCUUCAUACCACUGUGUACAUGCGUGACGCCGUGGUAUGGACCAAAAUGUCAGAUUAAUCCAGGAGGAAAUCAUGUGAAAACUGCCUUUCGUAAAAUGGGCUCAAUACAAAUAACAUUGGAGCUGUUUAAGAAGAAAUUUGCAGCCAUUUUCUCCCUGUUUUGCACACAAUCCAAUUCUUGCAUAUUUAUUGCGAUACUGUCUCCACAAAGACGGAGACGCUCAACGCCUUCUAACAUUACAUUUUCAGAAGAUGAUAUUCUCAUUAACGACUUUGAAAGUAAUAAUGGUAGCGUCAGUUUUGACCUCGCUGUCCGUCAACCAUCAAACAGCGGUGGAGAUUUAAAAAUAUUAAGCAAAGCCUCGCUGGAGGAGGGUUUAAAUAAAUAUGCGGGCAAUAUAAGUGAAGAUCUUCAAUUUCAACCUUUAAAGACGAGUCCUUCUCAACCGUCAACCGAUGAUUCUUCCAACACUACCAUGAUAGCAGUGGUCACACUAGCUAUCAUAUUAGUGUUAGUAAUGUUAGUCAUUACCAUUUUGUAUGUGAGAAAAAAGAGAAAUGAAAAAAGUCAAAACAUACCUUCUGUGAGAUUUGAAAAUCACAUGUACGACGAUUUGCAUCCCGAAGAGAAAGCAACCGUCCCUCCAACGAGCGACAAAGAUGAAGCUCGAGCGGUCUCUAACCCCGCGUAUGUGUCUGCAGAUGAGUUAUGGAGUGGAUUGAGCAAAGCAGAGACCGAAGACGUAGCACCAAGAGAAGAAAAAAAGACGCCUGUGAUCGAUUUCGUGGAAGCGGAUCUUAGUAACCCACUUUAAUUAUGCAUUCAAAUAACUAAAACAAACAAGACAUCAGUUGAUGUGCAUGUCACAACAGUUAAUGACGACGUGUUGCUAAUACUUUUAAUAUUUCAUGUUAGUUGUAUCGAAUAAAACGAUAGAUUCUCGACAAUGUAUUAUAAUAAAAACAUUACCAAGAAAUGAUAAAGUUUGUUAAAAAUUUACAGAUAUUUAAACUCGCUAGAUUAUUUAAAAACGCGGUUUUAUAAUGGAAUUUUUGUUAAUAAUUUUACGAUAUCAGGAUAGCGUUUGUUCUUCGGCA